CCACGGUAAUCCAAUCCAUCCCCAUAUUUCACGGCGAGAUAUCAUGCAUGCAUGCAUCGAUUGAUCGAUUUGAAAACGAAACAUGUCCUUUGUUGCAGCCACGAUCCAUCCCCACAUUUCAUGGCAAGGACUGCCGUCGGCAUCUCACCUUCUCCUUCUCUCAAAUCUCCUUCUCCACCGCAUUCCAAUCUAAUCUAAUCAGUAAUCACCCUGUCAAAUUUUCGUCUUUCCCCCAAUCUUCCAUCAAAUCUGCAUUUUCUUCGUUUUCCCCGAAAUUGGUAAGCAAAAAGUAGUCUUUUAGGUUCCUUCAAGACGUCUUCCGCCAUGCCCGUUUCGGAAAGAUUUGUGCUUGCCACUCUUCUGCUCCUUUUCCUGCUUCAACCUCUUGUACUAUCUUCCGCAUCCGUAAUCGACGACGCGGAAGACGACCUCGAGGGGCUUGAGGAGCUCCUGGCGAUCGAUCUGGAGGAAGAACAGGAGAAGGGCGCCGGCGGCGGCACACUGAACAAGCUGUCUGAGGCCGAAAUUCUGCGCCGCGCUCAAAAGAUCGUUGUAGAGCUCGGCAAUGAAAACGCCGAGAAGGUGGUUCGCUCCAGCGCGGCCGUGCUGCUGCUUGGUUAUACCCCUUGGUGCCCCAGGAGCGCCGAGCUGAUGCCAAAGUUUGUAGAGGCCGCGACCGUGCUUAGGGAGAUGGGAAGCAAUCUCGUUGUGGCGAAGCUCGACGCGGAGAGGCACGAGAAGGCUGCGAACCUUCUUGGAAUCAAGGGAUUUCCGACCAUACUCCUCUUCAUCGAUGGGUCGCCGCUGACUUAUAAGGGUGGAUUUACCAAGGAGGAGAUAUUGAUUUGGGUGAGAAAGAAGACUGGUGCUCCUGUUAUUAGAUUAUCCUCUUUAGAUGCAGCUGAGGACUUCUUAAGACAACAUCAGACUUUUAUCAUCGGUCACUUUGAAAAUUAUGAAGGAUCAGAAUAUGAUGAAUUUGUAAAAGCAGCGGCUACAGAUAAUGAAAUUCAGUUUGUCGAAACCAUUGACAACUCCAUAGCUAUGCUUCUGUUCCCAGAUGUUAGAUUGGAUAAAAGAUUCUUAGGACUUGUGAAAAGUGAACCUGAAAGAUUUGAGAAAUUUGAUGACAAUUUUGAGGAGCAUAAGAUCUUGCAGUUCAUAGAAUACAAUAAAUUUCCUUUAGUUACUGAAUUGACUGAACAAAAUUCUGUUAGAGUAUACUCCAGUACCAUUAAACUCCAGGUUUUUAUUUUUGCAACUCCUGAUGAUUUUGAAGGUCUUCGCCCACUGAUUCUAGAUGUUGCAAAAUCUUAUAAGGGAAAUAUAAUGUUUAUACAUUUAGACAAUACACAAGACGACCUGGCAAAACCAUUUAUGAGUCUAUAUGGACUUGAAUCUGUUGAGCCUAUUGUAACUGCAUUUGAUAAUAGGAUUGGUUCCAAGUACUUGCUGGAAGCAGAUCUUGCGCGGGACAAUUUGGAAGAGUUCUGUAGUGGACUUCUUCACGGUACUUUGCGACCAUACUUCAAGUCAGAACCAAUUCCAAAUGAAAAGGGGAUGAUUGAGAAAGUUGUCGGUAAGACGUUCAGUGCUUCUGUCUUGGAAAGUGCAGAAAGUGUUUUUUUAGAGGUCUACACACCCUGGUGCAUUGAUUGCGACGCUACUAGCAAGCAAGUACAGAAAUUAGCCAAGCACUUUAAAGGGAUGGAGAAUUUGAAAUUUGCCAGAAUAGAUGCUUCUUCAAAUGAACACCCGAAGCUGGAGAUAAACAACUACCCAACGCUUCUACUCUAUCCAGCCGGGGACAAGUCGAAUCCAAUCAAAGUUUCCAAGAAGUCAAGCUUGAAGGAUUUGGUUACCUUCAUAAAAAUGAAUGUUAAAGCAGAUGAAGACAGAGGAAUCCUGGACAAGAAUGGGGAUAAGAAACAGGAAUUGUGAUCAACAAAAUGUUACAUGCAGAUUCUUAUGAUUUUGUAGUGUUGUGAUUUUUUUUUCCUUCUCCAGAUGAGUUUUACAAAAUUGCAAACGAAGCUCUAGUUUUUAAAUUCUCAUCGGAAAGUUAUAACUAAAUGCAUACAGUUCUGUAUCAUUGCAAAAACAUGACACUGUGUUUUAACUUGCAGUUCCUGCACCUAAGCCUGUAGAUUGUGUUUCUAUA